CAGCUAAAUGUUGAUCAGUGGAGCAGCUGGAGCGGCGUCUGCUCUCACUCAGCUCUUCAGAUUGAGCAGUUAGAUGUUCCUAGCACAGUUCAGCCACACGGACACCUGACCGCUCGACAUUAGGAGGUUCGUCACCAAGACAUACCGCCUUCAAGAAGAUAAAUUUGGCACCGAGUGGUGGGUUUUUAUGUCCGUUCGCCCGCGUGAAGGGUCGAGAAAAGAGCUGAAGCUAACGUUAAGCUAAUGUUAGCUUGCUAGCGCUAUGGCCUCCCAUUGUAUCCCAGAUGAUGUAAGGCAUCGCUGCCUGUAGAAAGCAAUAUGACUGAAGUCCAGGCCACAGUGGAGUUUUCUGUGGAGCUGCACAAGUUCUACAAUGUGGACCUUUUCCAAAGAGGAUUCUACCAGAUGCGUGCCAAUCUUAAGGUGCCACCUCGUUUUCCACACAAAGUUGAGGCCAGUUUACUUCAUCCCAGGGACUGUGAUCUGGCUUUCCCAGCUUCAGUCCAGGAUGAUGUCAUCUGUAGCAAAACUUUUCAAAUCCUCUACAAGAAUGAAGAGAUUGUGGUCAACGAUGUUCUUCUGUUCAAAGUUACAAUGCUGCUCGAUGAGAAAAAGGUGGAGGAGUCUCUCAAUGAGAUGGAUUUCCAACUCCUCCUGGAGUUAUACUUCACAGAUGGCGAUUACACGCCAGAAGAUUCAAGCUCCCUACAGAACAUCAGUAGCCGCACACUUCAUUUGCACUUUAGCCUUGAGCGAGGCAUCCAUCAACACAUCAAUAUAAUGUUUGACUAUUUCCACCUGUCCGUCAUCUCCGUAGCCAUCCAUGCCUCGCUUGUUGCACUACAUCAGCCCCUUAUCAGUUUUCCUCGACCUGUGAAAACUACGUGGCUGAACCGAAACGCUCCAGCACAGAGCAAAGACUCGGUCAUUCCACCUCUGGAAAACGUGGUGUUUGGCAGCACUUACGUCAAACAAGUUUCACCAGAUGGCAGGACAUUCCUGGUGUCUGACCACUGUCUGCAGCAUGCCUUCAGCCUGCACCACAAUCUGUGCUCCAAACUCCUAACUGCCUACCAGGGUCUCUUUGGCUUCUUCACUUCAAUCACCAAAAACCUGCCCUCCUCUCAUCGAAUGGAACUAGCCAAGCCCAGCAUGCAAGUCGUAUAUGAGAGAGUUCUCAGAAGACCCUAUCCGCGAGGUCAGAGGCACGUCUACAUAGAACAACAUGAUGUUGAAGCCCGUUUGACGGAGCUGUGUGAACAUGUCAAGCAGAAAGCAGAGUCCCCAGAUGAACUGGCUGAACUGGUAAACAUGAACCUGGCUCAGCUCUGCUCUCUCCUCAUGGCUCUCUGGGGUCAGUUCCUUGAGGUUGUGUCCCUGCAAGAGCAUAUCGCCGCCCGUCUGGCUAUGGAGCAUCAUACACUAAGAGUCAGGCGUUUUGCUGAGGCUUUCUUUUGUCUUGAACACCCAAGACAAUCAGCUCUGGCAUAUCAAGAGCUACAUGCUCACAGUCAUCAACAGAUGACUAAUGCUAUCAAAAGCUCCAACUACUUCUUAUCUUUGCCUCCACUGCCAGUGGAAUGUGCUGAACUUGAUGGUGACGUUAGUUCCCUGCCAAUAAUCUUUGAAGAUAGAUACCUGGAUUCAAUCACAGAGGAUCGUGACGGACCUUGGCUGGUCAUGCAUAACACAAGGCCGGGUUCAGCUUCAAACAAAGUGGACAAGCCAAAUUCAAAGGACUGCAGUGCUGUAAGCAACCCCACACCCGAGACCUCUUUUGUCCCAACCGAUAGCAACUGGCCAGAGAACUUUGAUCAACUCCCCAAAUCUAAAGGCAAAUCAGUAAAACUGAAGAAAAUUUCAAAGACUGACAGCUCCAAGAAGUUGACACGGCAAGGCUCGAAGGACUCUGUGGUGUUGGUGGGCUAUAAAAACCUUAAAACUCCUUAUACCAGCACAAAGUACAAAGAAGAAGAGGCUCAAGUCAAACAAGAUCAUGUACGGGAUGCGUUACAGGAGGACUCCAGCAGUCAUUUACAAACUAAUCCUGAUUAUUUUUACGAUCCUUGCGCCACAUCAGCUGAUUCUGAAAUCUGUGCAGAUAACCCUGUUUUAGAAUACAAGAUUAAUACUCCUGCUUGUCAGAAAUCUAGUUGUGAAAAUGUUUCUAUGUACAGUAAUCCUCAGGCAGGUACUGGGGUUACUGCGACAUGCCAACGAAUGCAGGAGGAGGAGAAGGUGGAUCUCAGUGGCCAAAAGCCAUCACAGAAUUCUGCUGAGCUGAAAACAAGCAACAUGGAGCAAUUAGUAGGUGAUAAAGUCACAUUUUUUCUUCAAACCGAUAGAAAUCCCAGCAGCAAUAUUCCUCAGAUUACUCAGAUGUACCCUGGUGAAACACACCAGCCUGCAGCAGAAUCUGUGUUUGAACCGCAAAGCAAAAGUAUGAGCCAGCCAAGCCAAUCACGUGUGGUUUCAGUGCAGGUUAAAGGUGAUUGCAUCCGACUGCCAGAUGGAAGAGCCCCCAGUGCCUCAUCCCGUCUCUCAGACUCCGGCAUUGACAGCGAGCCCAGCUCCUUUGCCACUCAACAGGUUCUAGGAUUGCAUUCCUGCUCAGGCCAGAUUGUCUCAAUUCUGCAGCCUGAGAAGACCCUCCAGGGUCCCGCUACACCACCAGCUCAGCAAAGCUCAGAGCAAAAACCAAUUGGCACGCCAGAAAUUCUGUUCCCAGGAAAUACCAGCACAGUAAGCGGAGUCCAGUCGUCUCUCACAUCUAUUAAUUCCCUGCCUUCAGACGAUGAAGGUGACGUUUCCUCCAAGAGCACCAGUGGAGCUGAAGUACAAGGGAGGAAAUCCAAUGUCUUGGUGCAGGAGCAGAGUGUAGUUUUCUCUGGGGAUGCCAUCAGAAGACUUGAUAGUAACACUAAUUCAAAGGAGUCUCAACUGAGAAAACCUGAUAUUCUCCUUGAAAUUGAAACCAAAAGUUCUUCUGAAUUGGAAGUAGAAGACACUGAGACUUUAAAAGAUUCCCACAGUGAACCACAUACUACCUUCCCCUCCAGUAACUCUGCCACCAGCAGCACCGAUGUGGUCAAACGUGGGAUGGUAGAGAAUUACUUUGGCUCCCGUUCUAGCACAGAUGUGUCUGAAAUCAGUCCCUUGGAAACAUCUGCUAUCACGUUGGGAAUCCAGACAGAACCACACGUGGAGGAGGACGAGAACGAAACGGAACAUGAGAUGAUUGAGAAUGGUUACUAUGAGGAAGGGGAUGGCUACGCUUUUGUGAACGGUGUAGCCGACGAUGAGCAAGCAGCAGCUUCCGACGCAACACCUCAGGAGACAAGUUACCUGCUGGAGCAGCUUGGCAUUAGAUACCACCACGAAAGAAGUGAUUUAUCAAAAGCUCCUAUAUGCUCCAGUGUAGCUUCCAGUGGCGUUGGACACAGUUUGGGUCGAGCACCUUUUGCUACCGCUGGUUUUUCUUCCAAUCUGCAUUGGUACGAAUGUGCACCCAUGGCACAGAUGAAAGCGUUCAUCAAGGCCAAGGAGGAAAUGAAAGAGCUCAAACUCCCUGGUUUCCUGUACAGUGAGGUUCCUGAGCUGGCAUCUACUGUGCCCUAUUUCAGCUUAGAGGAAGAUGAAAACUGUGAUGAAGGCAUUCACCUUAUAGUGUGUGUCCAUGGUCUGGAUGGUAACAGCGCAGACCUGAGACUAGUAAAGACUUACCUUGAGCUUGGUCUCCCUGGUGCCCGAAUAGAUUUUUUAAUGUCUGAGAGAAAUCAGAAUGAUACCUUUGCUGACUUUGAGUCGAUGACGGACAGACUGCUAGAUGAAAUAGUGCAGUACAUUCAGCUUUACAAUCUAACUGUGUCAAAAAUAAGCUUUGUUGGUCAUUCGCUCGGGAACCUCAUAGUACGCUCGGUGCUGACCAGACCCAGAUUUAAGUGUUAUCUGAGCAAGCUGCACACGUUUCUUUCCUUAUCUGGACCUCAUCUGGGAACACUGUACAACAGCUCUGCUUUGGUCAACACAGGUCUGUGGUUCAUGCAGAAGUGGAAGAAGUCUGGUUCGCUAUUGCAGCUGACAUGCCGUGAUCACUCUGAUCCUCGCCAAACUUUCCUGUACAAACUCAGCAAAAAAUCUGGUUUGCAGUAUUUUAAGAAUGUGGUGCUGGUGGGGUCACUGCAGGAUCGCUAUGUUCCCUAUCAUUCUGCUCGAAUUGAGAUGUGCAAAACUGCAUUAAAGGACAAACAAACUGGGCCCAUGUACACCGAGAUGAUUCAAAACCUUCUGCUGCCAGUGCUCCAGAACAAAGACUGUAAUCUUGUACGAUAUGAUGUCAUCCAUGCCCUGCCCAAUACCGCCAAUUCCCUCAUUGGUCGGGCUGCGCACAUCGCUGUUCUUGAUUCAGAGAUCUUCCUGGAGAAGUUCUUCCUCGUUGCGGGUCUCAAGUUCUUUCAGUAGAAAUGUAUUGGAAUCAAACACUCGGCUGGACAUUAGGAAUGUGGCACCAAUACCUCACUGCAAGUAAAAGUACUGGUGAUGUUUGUGUCUAGUGCAUCUUUGUUUUGUUUUUUUUAUCUAGUUUUAUAAUUUAACUUCUGUACUUUAAUCACUUAUGAACAAUUUUUUUUCAUGUUUGCUUUGGAGUUGUAGUGGAUUCUUAUUUUUCUACUGUUGUUAAUUAACAAUUAUUUGUUUUGUGUUUUUAAGAUGCUCCCCCCCUCUAUAUACUAUAUUACUUGUGGUCUUAUUUGUAAUUUUAAUUUAAUAUAAACUUCAAAUCUCAAACUCUGAACUGGAAAUUGCUGCUGCAAACGUGGAAUGGUGUUUUUCUUUUUCUUUUUUGCUCUUUGGUGAGUUGGCCCAAGUCAGGUCCGUGCACAUAGCGUUGCCCCCAUUCUACAUGUUUCCACGGAACCUAAAGAGACCCUGCAUUGGUUUGCACCAUGACUACAUUUUACAAUCUUUUGUACGGAAAACGGUCAUUUGUACAAGUUACUUUUUUAUCAACAAUUUUCCAUCAUUUUUAAUGGUAGCGAUUGCAUUGCGUUGGUCAGUUUCUGACGUUUCAGUUUUGAUCAUCUCGUCUUUGUGCUGAUCCCUGCUAUUGGAGCAUUCUGCACACUUACCCAGCUGGUGUUGGGAGACUUUUGCCUACUAAGUCAUUACAUUUUUUGCAGGGAUUUAAAGCAAUGGACAUAAUUCAGCACAAACUCAUCUUGGUUAAAUGAACAUGUCUUAUUUUAAAUAUUUUGAUCAUAUGGUGAUUUUGGUUAAACUUGAAAGUAUUGGUAUUAUUUGAGAAACCUUUCUUGAACAUUUGUUUAUAUAUGAUCUUACUCUAUCAUUAAAUAAGUAUAUAAUGAAAAAUGUGAUAUUGGUUUGUUCUUUUAUUUUAUUUUUGGGAUGUAAAAAGCUGCCUUGCUCAAGAAUUUGGCGAGUAGUGAGGAAAAUUGGAAAUUAUGUGACAUAAAUGAUUUAACGGAUGCGAAAAUGUUGAAAACAGAGAGAGGUUUUUGUUUUAUUUUAUAAAAAAAGGACAAACUUAUUAAAACUGUUGUUUUGGAAAUGUUUUCAAUGUGCCAGAAGGUGGCAGUGUUAUCCUGAUUAUCUUUCAUUUAUUAGUCAUUCACAUGCUUCUGCUGCUGUCAAGACUGUUUGGAAAUGUACAAUUUUCUAUUUAAAUAAAAAAUAAUAAUUUUAAAUUUG